AUGCUCCGACCCAAAAAAGUCGCCAUAAUCGGCGCAGGACCAUCCGGCCUCGUCGCCGCCAAAACCCUCCUGCACAAUUACCCGACAGGGACCUUCAGUGCCACCAUCUUCGACAAAAGUCGCUCCAUCGGCGGACUAUGGCCUACCAGCUCGCGUCGGCACCUGCGGGGCGGUCGCGGUCGCGGCUUGAUUGACCCAGCGAUGCGCACGAAUCUGAGCCGGUUCACGGUGGGAUUCUCGGAUUUGGCGUGGGAGUCUGUGGGUGGGAUUGGGGACGGGGAUGGGGAUAGGGUGCCGAUGUUUCCGGCUGCGUGGCAGGUGGGGAGGUAUUUGGAGGGGUAUGCGGAGAGGUAUCUACCAGCUGAGGUGAUGAGGUUGGGGUGUAGGGUUGUUAGGACGGUUCGUGAGAUGGUGGGGGAGGGAGAGGGAGAGAGGGCGAGGGCGAGGUGGGUUUUGCAGUGGGUUUGUGAGAGGGAGAAUGAAGAUGGACAUGAAGAGCUGCAUUCCGAGGAAUUCGACUACCUGCUCGUCGCGUCGGGGUACUUCUCCAGACCCCAUGUUCCCGACAUCCCCGGGUUAUCUGGGUUCUCGGACCACACGGUGCAUAGCUCGGCGGUGCAGGGCCGGGAGGACGUGCAGAGGCUUCUCGAGUCGGGGUCCGCGGGUAAAGUGGUUGUUAUCGGAGGGAGUAUGUCGGGCGUGGAGACGGCGUCUGCGCUGGCGACGCACCUGUCGUCAAUGGACUUUACGUCGGGAUUGGCUCCGCGAGCUGGAAAGGCGUAUGAGGUGCAUCAUGUCUGCUCGCGGCCGUUCUGGACAGUGCCGUGUUAUCUACCGCAUGAAACGCCGCGGGAAGAUGCGCAGUCCGGCAGUGUGCAGUUCCUCCCGCUGGAUCUGGUCUUCUAUGACUUGUCGAGACGUCCGCCUGGCCCGAUCGAAUAUGGCUUCGGACCUGCCUCGCCGCUGCAGGUAACCAAGGUGAAUCAAUAUUUCCGGUCUCUGUUGGGGAGCGACUACAAGGAUGUCGGGGAGAAGAUGUUCGCUCUCGAUAGUGGACCGGGUCAAACGGUACAGCCAUCGUGGAUAGGAAUCGGAGACGAGUAUGCAGAAUUCGUGCGAUCGAAAUCGAUACACUCGACUAUCGGCCGAGUCAAUGCCAUCCAUGUGUCCGAGACAGGCAAAGCGAGAAUCGAUAUACAGUCAGCGGAAGGGGACACCACCUCCCUGGAUGAUGUCGCUGCCAUUGUAACAGCGACAGGGCUCACGCCGUUCUCUUCGCUGGACUUCCUACCUGCAGAUGUCCUCGCCACGCUGGAAUACUCGGCCACCGACGCAUUCUUCCCAGUUGUUCUUGACGGGAAAGGCAGCACGAAUGCGCAGAUACCAGAUAUGGGGUUUGUAGGGUUGUACAGAGGGCCCUACUGGGGCGUGAUGGAGAUGCAGGCGCGAAACGUUGCAGAGAGCUGGUUCCGACAGUCAACAGCAGAACCCUGUUUAUCGGCCGAGGAGGAGAAGAAGACGCAGGAAAGGCGGAAAGUCCGCGAAUUUCGGAAUGCCGGAUCGACCCUGCAAUUUCCCAUGGGCGAUUACGUUGGAUUGAUGGAGUCGUUUGCUAGGGAUGUUGGGCUGACUCGGUCACCUUUACCUACUGGGGAAUGGCCUGGCCCGGUGAUUCCUGCUCGGUAUACACGGGGCGAAAACGAGAACAGCACGAAGGGCGAGGAUAUGGAUAUGCAAAAAGAGGCACAGACUACGAUGGACUCCCUGCGAGGGAUCCUGUCGCCUACUCCUGGAUCGCAUAGCUUGGCUAUGGCAACAGCGGCAUUCAGAGCUCUUCAUGGGGCCUGGAUAUACACUCAGACUUCCAUCAACAGCGAUAGCAUUUCCGGAACAGCGAUCUUCUACCCCAGAUACCCGUCAAACCAAGGAUUCGAAAAGGAGUAUGUUUGCGAGGAAUACGGAGAUCUUUUCGCAGAUAAGACAGCGAGGUCCAUUUAUCGACUGGCUGGAGAGGGCUCAAACCUGCAUAUCUGCAUCUGGGAUGUAGAUCUGGCCCGAGAUCCUAACUCGGCAUCUCGGUUCUCCCACGGAUUCUGUCUUGCACCGGCGCAGAUGGCGAAAGAUGGGAAAUUCGUUGUGCAUGCCACUGCCGCUGCGGAUGGUCAUGGCCAUCGCCACGAGUAUGCCUUCCAGUUUGACGGCGUGACGAUCUCAUCCUGGGAGCGUACAGUUGACAUAGACGGAUCCACCAUCAAGACCGUCUAUUCUCGACAAUGA